AUGCUAAUUGGGGACUCAGACUUCCACCCUGACCGCUUCUACGAAGUAUAUACCUCGACAAAGGAUGACGACGCAUGCCACAGAGGGCAGGGUCCGGCCGGCAUCUACGGAGCUGAGACGAGCGAUUGCGACAGCCCAAUCGAUCUGAUCAACAAGACGAUGAAAUGGAUAGGCUCGGAGCUGAAGGACAAAAUAGACUUCGUCGUCUGGACCGGCGACUCUGCUCGACAUGACAAUGACGAGGAGCUGCCUCGAAGUGAGGAGCAGGUGGUGGGCCUAAAUCAGUUUAUGGUUGACAAGAUGUAUGAGACAUUCGGAAAGCAUAACGGCGAUGAGGGUGACGAGGAUCCGAACAACGACUACAUCAUACCGGUCGUGCCGAACCUCGGAAAUAACGACAUACUGCCACACAACAUCUUCAGAUCAGGUCCGAACAAGUGGACGCGAAACUACGCGAAGCUCUGGAGGCAGUUCAUCCCUGAGGCGCAAAAGCAUCAGUUUGAGCAAGGAGGCUGGUUCUAUGUCGAGGUCAUACCAAACAAGCUUGCGGUCUUCAGCCUCAACACGCUGUUCUUCUUUACAAGCAACGCAGCCGCAGAUGGGUGUGCUUCACAUUCAGAGCCUGGGUAUCGGCAGAUGGAGUGGCUGCGGAUCCAGCUUCAGUUCAUGCGGGAUCGAGGCAUGAAAGCCAUCCUGACGGGACAUGUGCCACCCAUACGAGAAGACACCAAGACGACCUGGGACGAGACAUGUUGGCAGAAGUACACGCUUUGGCUGCGGCAAUACCGAGAUGUUGUCGUUAGCAGCCUGUACGGCCACUUCAACUACGACCACUUCAUCCUGCAGGAUUUUGAUGAUCUUCGAAAAGGCACGAAGAAGGGCAAGAUGCCGAACUACGAGAUCGAGGCAGCAGAGGACGAUGAGCUUCAUGCUGAGGUGUCAUCGAACUACUUCAUUGAUCUGAGGAAGGUGUGGUCGAAACUUCCAAGUCCACCUAAAUCUCUCAGCUGGUUGGACCAGUUGCAUGCCGAGAUCGACGAGCUCCGACACGAUCAGCGACCGCUAUCCCAGUCGAAGAAAAUUCUGACGAAUUUUGUGAAAAGCAAGAAGAAGAAGCGAAAGGAGAAGGAGAAGAAGUAUCUGAAGAAGAUGGGUGGCGAGUUUGCCGAAAGGUUCUCAGCUGCCUUCGUCAGUGCCAGCGUUGUCCCGAACUUAUACCCAACAUUGAGGGUCUACGAGUACAACACCACCGGACUGGACCACCAGGCCGGGCUUGAGCAGCUCUUGGCCCCGAAAGCAAUGCCCGAGCUGUCAGAGGAUGCUGGUGACGAAAAUGUGUCUAUCGCGAAGAAACGCAAGUACAAGUUCGAAGUUCCGGACUCGCCUUCGAAGUCGUCGCCACCUGGACCGGCGUACUCGCCGCAAACCCUGUCGCUGAUACGCUAUAAGCAGUACUUUGCCAACCUUACGCACAUCAACAAUGACUUCCAUGGCCUCCCGGUUGGUUCCGAAAGAGCCGAGUCAAGUGACCUGAACGCUGCGAAAUGGAAAGAAGGCAAACACAAGGGCAAGACGAAGCCAAAGGACCAUGAGCCGAAUCCAAAGAAGUUCAAAUUUGAGCUUCACUACGACACCAAGGACGACGAUGUCUACAAACUGGAGGACCUGACAAUGCCCAAUCUUGUUGAUCUUGCGAGGCGGAUCGGCGGGUUCAAGGCUAGUGAUGCUGCGUCUGAUGCAGCAAGUAGUGACAGUGUUGGUGCAUCGAAGAAGAAGAAGCACAAAAAACACAAGAAGCACAAGCACAAGCACAAGAAGUCAAAGCAGGAUGAAGCGUGGUUCACUUUCGUGCGGCGUGCCUUCGUCGAAACGCUGAGUCAAGACGAGUUGGAGGAAGAGUUUGGCUAA